CCAUCAAACUCUAUAAAUACGUAUACUUCUCGCCUUCCAUUUUCUUCCUUCCCUUUUGCCGUUUUCAUAUCAUAGUUUUCGUUUCCCUUCUCUCUGUCUGAAAUAUUCUAGGGCUUUCAAGAGCUUUUCAUAUCUUUGAGGUUUUCGAUCUCCUCUUGCUUGGUCAGUAGGAGUUGAAAAGAUUCCGCUACGUUUUUUGUAUAGCUCUUGAAUCAGGUACUACUUCUUCCGCCAUUUUCGUUUCGUAUUCGGGCAAAAGAAUUCAGUUUUCUAAUGUGAUUGCGACGUAUUUGAAAUGCUGUUGGGAUUUAUGCCAUAAUAUUCGAUGCUUUUUGACGUUUUCAUAUGUUUUUGUUGGAUCUUUGGCUUGGUCAUUUAAAAAAUGCGAGGUCGAUCGAUGAGCUUUCUAUAGAUUUAAAAGCGAGGCCUGUCUUGCUUUUGCAACAGAACGAGGAAAAAAAAAUGAUUUUUAACUUUCUUGAAGGUGCAUGAAAGGUGUUAGGCAAUUGGCCGCUUAAGUUUCAUUGCCAUUAAUUUACUGCAUACAGAGCAUUUAUGUUAGGCAAUUCAGUUUGGUCAAGAUUUUACAUACUUUGUUCUGUUCGAUAAUUUUUCUUAAUUACCCAUCAAUGCCUAUAAUUUUUAGUGCAGUAAUUAUUAUUAUUAUUAUUAUUUUUUAACGUUCCUUUAUAAAACGUAGGCGCGGAGCUGUAUAAAUUAAAGAAAGUGAUGUGACAGCCCAUUUGUUUUAUUUUAUUAUGGAUUCGUGUUCCGUCGGUAGCUGAAAACUAGGGAAAAACAUCUUGAAUCUUUUAAAUGGCAACGUGUCCUCGUCAGUCGUCACUUUCCUUUUGUAUAUAACUCGCAGGAAGAUCGGGCAAUAUGGAAGAGAGAAGUUCAUAGCUAGCAACCCUUUGUUUGAGUAUAUGACUUUUGUUGUUCUAUUGGCAGUUUUUAAUGCUGUUUUUUUGUGACCGUGCCAAGAAGUUGCCAUUAGCAUUGACCGAGGAUUCGAGGAAGAAUAACAUUAACAUGCCAUAACUUUGUGUCCAGAUUUUUUUUUUUUUUUUAAAUCUCUCUUCUUCUCCCUUCUCUGCUAUAUAAUAUUUUCCACCUUAAUUGUUGUGGUUUAAGGUUUCGUUCGUCCCGAUGAAUGUGGUGUCUUAUCCAUGUUGGGGAAAUAAUUUAUUUUUUCCUUUUAUUAAUUAAAUCUGAUGGAUCAAGAUUCCGACGUUAAUUUGGCUAUGCAGAAUUUAUUAUUUCCUUGUAAAUUUUUUAAAAUACGAUCAAAUAUUUAAUGACGUGUUUAUGCAAGGAGAUGUCUUUCUAUCUGAGAUCAGCAGUGUAGACUGUUAUAGAUCUACGAGAUAAUUGUUCUUGUAUGCUCAAAAGUAAGCCCACGUGGACCCGUGGAAAUCUUGCUACUAGACAAAUAUGUGAGUCCAGCGAUUAUCAUUUAAAUCUGUUCCAGAAGUCGUAAAUUGAGGUCUCUUAAUACAUUCACUUGACAUUGCUUUCGUCCGGACUCCCGCGUGUACCAUUUUCCCUGUCCAACCUUUUCCAAUCCCCAAAACAUAUAUAGGUAGAUAUCAGUUCUAUCUCAAAAGAUUAAGGGUGUAAAUGAUGUUCAGUCUCCUAUAAAUGCAGUGCAGCAUUGAAAAUGAGAAGUUUCCGGGAAGCUUAUGCUUGAUGGACUGCAAACCCAGCAGCUGUGACAAGAAGACGUUGAAGAGGUGGUUUUUCAUAGACAAAAGAGUUGGGUAGAGAAAUCUGGAAUAAGGUGCACUUGAUUCUGCAUUUUGAUUCACUGGCAAUUGACACUGUACGCUUAGAUUAACCCUUUUUGAUCGCCCCUGAGUGCUAAUUAAUCUGGAUCCAAUGGACCUGAAGUCGAAUCACGCUUCUCCUGUUUUAACCGAUCCUGCACCCAUAAACAAGUCAAGACUACGCAUCCCUUCUGGUUUGUUGGCAUUGUUGCCUCACUCACAGCCAGGAGCUUUGUUCUCCUCGAGCAAGUAUGUAACUAUUCCAAGGAAAAAGACCGGAAUGAUUAAUGAUGUUCGAUCUAAUGGUUGGCUGGAUGCCAUGAAAUCCUCUUCACCCCCUCGGAAAAAGCUAAUAAAAGAUUUCAAUGUCGAGGUUGCUUUAGACGAUGCUGAUAUUGCUUAUUGCUCCUGGAUGCUGAAGUAUCCAUCAGCACUCAAUUCUUUUGAGCAAAUUACAAAUCGUGCCAAGAACAAGAAAAUAGCAAUCUUUUUAGACUAUGAUGGUACUCUUUCUCCAAUAGUAGAUGACCCUGAUCGUGCCCUUAUGUCUAAUGAUAUGCGUUCUGCUGUGAGAAAUGUUUCGAAGUACUUUCCAACAGCAAUCAUCAGCGGAAGAAGCCGUGAUAAGGUUUAUGAGUUGAUUGGACUCAAAGAACUCUGUUAUGCUGGUAGUCAUGGGAUGGAUAUUAUGGGCACUCUCAGUCACAGUCAUAUUUCUAAUGACCAUUCAAAUUGUAUUAAAUCUAAUGAAAAACAGGGCAAGGACGUAAAUCUCUUCCAGCCCGCUAGAGAGUUUUUACCUUUGAUUGACGAGGUUUUUAGAACCCUCGUUGAGAAGACUAAAGGGAUCCAAGGCGCAAAAGUUGAGAAUCACAAGUUUUGUGCCUCUGUACAUUACCGUAACGUAGAUGAGAUGAACUGGCCUACGAUUGCACAAUGUGUUCAUGAUAUUCUAAAGGACUAUCCCCGAUUGCGAUUAACCCAUGGGCGGAAGGUUUUAGAAAUCCGUCCUGUGAUUGACUGGAACAAAGGAAAAGCAGUUGAAUUUCUGCUUGAAUCUCUUGGACUAACUAAUAGGAAUGAUGUGCUUCCAAUCUAUAUUGGAGAUGAUAGGACCGAUGAAGAUGCAUUCAAGGUAUUGCGGGAGGGUAAUCGAGGCUAUGGGAUACUGGUAUCUGCUGUCCCGAAAGAAACCAAUGCAUUCUACUCUCUCAAGAACCCUGAUGAGGUCUUGAAAUUCCUCAACUCCCUGGUGACAUGGAAGCACGACCAAACCAAGUCCGCUAUUCGUCGGAGGAGCAUAGAGUGAUCUAUUUAUAGCAAUCAACUUUGCCUCAGAAGUAAAAAUUGUUUGAUUGGCUGGACUUGUACUUUUCUUCCGUGGCCUGUCUGUCUUCAGCCAUGUCAUGCUUGGGAAUAUAAUAAAGCUAAUUAUUCAAAAUUGGAGGUGAAGGGAAGGAGAAGUUUAAAGCAAGAUCUGUUGGUAUUAUUCACUUUAAAAUGUGAAUGGUGGGUCCCUGAUUUGAAGCCUUCUGGACACAUUAAUCAUUCCACAACAAAGCCACGUCACUAGGCAAAUUAUGUGCAUCUUCAUGUACGACUUGUUCACAUGUUUUGACAU